AUGGCGGCCAGGCUGGUCCCCGCGUGGGCCCGCGCCGCGCUCGGAAGGCCACGGCCCGCCGCCCCGCCACCCAAACCCCUAUGGGUCCGAGCAGGGUUCCGACAGCACCUCAGCUUAGCACGCGGCUCCGCUUCCGAGGGAGCCCGCCCCGGGCCCCGCUCUCCGCGCAGGCCCGAGCGCGCGGGUAGGCGUCCGGCCCGCGAAGAGUUAACCGCCGCGGAGCGGAGGAUCGCGGAGCUGCACGCGGCCGCCUGCGCGGCUGGCCAGCUAACCUAUGUGGAUCCAGCUACUGGUUAUGUGGUGCUCACUCAGCUCGCCCACUUACAGAGAGGAAAAUGCUGCGGCUCUGCCUGCAGACACUGUCCAUAUGGUCAAGUCAAUGUUAAAGAUUCAUCUAAACGGAAGCAUUUCAAUUCGUAUUUUUAUGUUUGACAACAAUUUCAUCUCUGUUCUCCAUCUAUUUGAGACUCUAAAAAAUAAAUAAUUAAAACCUUAAUCAAGAAUUGUCCAUUGUGCUGUUAGUAUUUGAACACUAACUUAAUCUUAAGCAGAUAUAUUUUUAAAAUGUCAAUAAAUGAAGAAGCUAGCAACUGUUUGUAUGUUUCUGAAGUGGCACAUCAAUAGUUAUCUUUCUUUACUUUUGCUUUAUUAUCAGACACAUAUGUUAAAGAAAGAAAAUAAUGACUGUUCCAUUAAAUAAAUAGUAGCAAUUGGGUCACAUUAGUAGCUCUUGAUUUU